UGACGCGGCGUAAGCGCUUCGUCCAUUCGGAUCACAUACGUGUCUGUCUCUUUUCACUCCAGCCGAGAAUCGCAGAGGAGCGCAGGCAUGGCACCCAAAGGCGGCAACAAACAGCAGUCAGAGGAGGAUCUCCUCCUGCAGGACUUCAGCAGGAACCUGUCGGCCAAAUCUACGGCGCUGUUCUACGGCAACGCGCUAAUCGUGUCCGCGAUCCCCAUCUGGCUGUUUUGGAGGAUCUGGCAUAUGGAUCUGGUUCAGUCUGCGGUGCUGUACGCGGUCAUGACUCUGGUCAGCACCUAUCUGGUCGCUUUCGCUUACAAGAACGUCAAAUUCGUCCUCAAGCACAAGGUCGCUCAGAAGCGCGAGGACGCCGUGUCCAAGGAAGUGACCCGCAAGCUCUCUGAGGCGGACAACCGCAAAAUGUCCCGCAAAGAGAAGGACGAGAGGAUCCUGUGGAAGAAGAACGAGGUCGCCGAUUACGAGGCCACCACUUUUUCCAUCUUUUACAACAACACUCUGUUCCUUUUGAUCGUCAUCAUUGCCUCUUUCUUCUUGCUGAAGAACUUCAAUCCAACAGUGAACUACAUUCUGUCCAUUAGUGCCUCUUCAGGUCUGAUCGCCCUCCUGUCCACAGGCUCCAAAUAAAAGACUGAUUGCACUAGGAGGAGAAGACGGAGGAUUGUGGGAUCGGGGGUAGGGGACAGGCAAGGCGGUUUGUUAUCUUUUAGGAGGGCGUUUAUCGUUUCAUCUGUUAAAGUUUCAUGAAAUUCAUGAUCGGUUAAGGCCUGUUUUUGUCUGGUCUUUUCUUGUGUUUGUUUUGUACCAAUAAAAGACUGUUUGCUCA